UUAACUUAAUCCUUGACUUCAAUUGUAGAUACUUUGUUGCCUGUGAGGCCCUUGGUUCCGGGUUGAGGGGUGGGGAGUGGAACUGGCGAAGGAAUCCGAUAUGCCUGAGAGAAAGAAGGCAUUCUUUCAAACCAUAAUCCGUCUUGCCUGUUUCAAUGUGAAACUGCAUUAGUGAACUAUUGCCCAACGUUAAGUGCUAUAUAAAUGCACUUUUUGUUCUGUGGUCCGGAUGACUUGUUACAGUAAUUAUUCUUGCGUCUCCUGAUCGAGUUGUUGAUUAAUUCAGCACCUAGCGGCUGCGGACAGCGCCUGUUUGAAUACUGUCUGAAUCUAUUCUAAAGUCCGAGCACCGCUCCGAGGCAAACUCGGUAAUUCACGGAUUAUUUGCAGAGAAUCGUGGGAUGGGGGGUGAAGUAUACAGAGAAAAAUAAUUUCCUCCUCUUUCUAUUUCACGGUGACGUGUUAAUUCCCCCUCCCUCCCCCGUCGUUUUAUCUGCAGCAUCCCUCAGUACAGUCAAUGUGAGGAACUGGAUGCAGCACGAACCGAGCUGGUUUGCAAUGCGGUUAUGUAAAAUCUAGCUCUGCAACAAAAAAAACUAACCACAUACUCAGGAUUUUCGACGCAAACCAGUGCCCUAUGUACGAAGGGCAGUCGGUCCUAGGACACGGCGGGAAUGCAGCCGUGUUAGUGCGGGAGUCUGGAUGAUCCGCAGUGCCGAUCGUUUCCUCGUACAUUAGACAACAUUUUACUACAUCUGGAGGUUUAAAAAUUAAAGCGUUGAUUACGUGUUCCCACUAUCGGCGCUUCUGAUGCUUGUGAAGAACUCGGAUUGCUGUCCGUUUGCGGCGUCUUCCUGAAUUGGAAGCUUUGAUUUUUUUUUGUUUUUCUCCCUCCUCCCAUCAAUUGCAAAACCUCUUGUGUCCUUGGCUUAUUUUUUUGCGUCAGAAGAUGGCGGAUCCCACUGAGAUGUUUUCACUGUCAACCUUCCACUCCCUCUCGCCUCCAGGCUGCAGACCUGCACAUGAUAUAAGUCUGGAGGAGUUUGAUGAUGAAGAUUUGUCUGAGAUUACUGACGAUUGUGGAAUUGGCCUGAAUUAUGACUCUGAUCCUUAUGAGAAGGACUGUUUGAUGGAUAUGAAGGGUGCGCCGCAGGCUGUGACAGAGGUCUGCUCCUUCCAGGAUGAUCUACAAGAAUUUGAAAUGAUUGACGAUACCGAUGACAUGGAAGAACGAGAGUUGCUGCCCUCACCCUCUGCAACGACUGCCCAGCAGACACGACCUACCACCUUAAACAUUGCCACUCCCAUCUCCCACUCACAGGAUUCUCUCAAUAACAAUGCCAGUUUCUCUCCAAGGAAAGCUAGCUGGCAGGAGACACUGCUUCAUUCCUCUAGUGGUCAUAUAUCUCCUCCACAUCAGUGUAUUCAAGACAGUGUUCAUCCUGCUGGUUGGUGUAUGAAUUCCCUUAGCUCCGGGACACAUGGUAAUGGAUCGCCGUUAAAAUGCAUGGAAACUGCAUCAACCCAGUCUCCCCUGAAACCACUACUAUAUGAUUUUGAAGGAAAUCGCCAGGAUACUCUGGAAUACGGUAACAGCAAGGCUGACCAACUCAUAGAGGAUCAUAAUAAGAAUGUUGUAUCGCCAUCAUUGCCAUACCCGUCGUUGCAUGCAAACAAAGAACUUGCUAAACACUCUCUCUCUCCGACAGGGUCUUUUGGUUUUCAUAGAAAGACACCAAGCCCCUUCGCAGAGAUGGAACCAGGUCAUGAUGGCAAUGCACAUCCAACUCCUGCAGCAGAAGAUAUCACAUUAGCAAGCUCAGACACCGAGCUGGAACAAGAUCUGACUAACAGCAGCUCCAAGGGUCAUUUUUGCUCUGAUAAUAGAUGCAGUGAAACAUACACUUUAGCCUCUGAAUUAGGGGUGAACAUUGAUGUUGAAACUGAUCACUCUUUUGCUGCCACUGGUAAAUGUCUAUCAUCUUCCAAUCUCAGCAAUGGUUCCUGCACUCCUGUGUCUGAUGUAGAGCUGGAACAAGAAUUUGGCAUUGAGAUUGCAAGUAAACCCCAUAGACCACACUUGGAACAAACAACUUCUGUGAACCAUCUUCUCAAGGGAACUGAUUUGAAGUCCACUACCACCACUGCAGUGGGUUCUUCUGAUCCUAACGUGACCUCAGAGUUAGACUCUGAUCACACAGCGUGCGUCACAACUAGUGACCGGGCACAACCGUCUGGCUCCAAUAGUGACACAGCUUCUCCUUCUUCUGAUCCAGGUAUAGUGGCAGAUCUCACCACAAAAAGCAGCAAAAACUUCAUACAGUCAUACCAAAGUGAGGAUGGUGGUUCCUCCGGUUCAGACUCAGAACUGGAGGAGCUGGAAGAAAGACUUACUUGUGACAACAGUGCUGCAUGCAACAUGAUUUCCUCUAUCUCUGAGACAGAGUUAGAUCUUACUAGCGAGAGCAGCAGUGGAAGGUCAUCACACUUAACCAACUCGAUUGAGGAAGCAAGUUCACCCAAUUCUGAUCCUGAGAUUGACUGGGAGGGCGAAAUCAGUACGACAAAUGUAAAAGACCGAUUGUACUCAAUCAAGAUGGCAAAUAGUCCCACCAUCAAUUCUUUGGAACCAGCUGUUGAAUGGGACCUUGAGAGUGGAUAUACUAGGAGAUUCAUUAGUGCUAUGGACCAAAACAAUUCAGAUACUUCCACAGAAAUGCUGGAGUCAGAACAAAUAACUGACCCAAUUACUGAUAUCAUUAAUAGAUCAUUGCAAAAUCCUGAGGAAAUGCAAGAUGAGGAUACUUCAGCACAAGCUUCAAAGUUCAGAGCAGGCAGUCAGAAUGAAGAUACCACCAGGCCAACAUAUCUAGACAUUGUUCCAAAUCAAGGAAUAAGUCAUGUUCCAGCCCCUGAAUCACAAAUGUUAGAGAAUGUUGAAGAGAACAGUGACGAUGAACUGAGUAAUGAUUCUGACUCUUCAUGUUCUGAUCAUGAUUCAGAUCCUGACCUAAGUGAAAGUUCUGACUCUCCUUGGCUCCUCAGUAACAUGGUCAACACAAUGAUCUCACAAGGUUCGCACACUAUCAAAGAUGAGUAUUGGUUGCAGACAAACUCUUUCAGUGAGACCACUUCCUCAUGCUCUGACAUUGAGAUCGAACCUGUCAAUAAUAGUGAGCUAUUGCUGACUUCAGACGAUCAGGUCAACUUGGAUGAGGAAGCCUGUGAAGGCGCAGGUGUAAAAUCAAUCAUAACGAAUAGUAGCAAUGAUUUUGGUGACUCUGUGUGUCCUGAAGAUAAAGAGAAAGAGACUGAAAUGGAGGAAUUGGAAUUGGAACCAAUUCCUGCUGACAAACCACCCACACUCUACAUGGCUUUGAGUAGUCCACCCUAUGACAGAGCAUCAGCUGAAGAUAACUGUAGUGUAAUACUCACUCCAACAAGAGUUGACUCCAGUGAAACAGAAACAGGCAUCAAUAUUGAUUUAAAGAACCCUUGCACAAAUGAAUGUGACCACACAGGAGCUUCACGGGCUGUAGCACCAAGCUCCACUCUUAGCUUCAAAUAUGAAGAGUCAGUUGAUUCCCUUCAAGGGGAGAAGCCAAAUCAGGAUGUCAAAACUCCAAGUUUCUGCAAAGAGCUAGAAGUUGCAAUUACUCCAGAAGAUAAGUUGACUGAGCUCAGUCAAUAUUCAAGACCAUCAACUUUGCAGGUGCAGAUGAAAUCAAAGCCAGUAAACAAAGAAACUGACUCUACCAGUAAAUGCUCGAGUCCAUUUUCUCUAUAUAAUGGAAACCCCAAAAUACCUAUAUCAUUUAGUGACCCAUCAAAUGGACCUUUCAGCCUGAAGGAACUGUCCCCAUUACACAGGACAGCCAGCACACAGUUAGACCAGUCACUGGCUUAUGAUUCUAUUAAGUAUACACUGGUAGUAGAUGAGAACACUACUUUGGACCUUGUUAGUUUGAAGCGCUGCACAUCUAUUUUGAGCGACGACAGUGAGGUCUCAACACUGUGCGACAACUGUGAGCUGGAGAUGGACAAUGAGUUUGGUGACUGUACGCAGGGACAGGAUGUUGAGAACUCAUCGGAGGAUUCAUCACCUGAAGCUGAUACACAGUUUUCUAAGAAAUUCCUCAACGUUUUUGUCAACAGCACUUCUCGAUCUUCUAGUAAGCUGUGCUGUCUUCUUUCAAGUACCGAGUCUUUUGGCCUUUACUCAUGCACAAUAAAUGGUGAGGAACGGGAUCAGACGCAUCGAGCGGUGUUCCGGUUUAUACCACGACACCAGGAUGAAUUGGAGUUAGAUGUUGAUGACCCAUUAUAUGUUGAAGAAGAGGAGGAUGACUAUUGGUACAAAGGCUACAACAUGAGAACAGGGGAACGUGGAAUCUUCCCAGCAUACUAUGCACAUGAAGUAGUCAACCAGGCCAAGGAAUUUAUGGGGAUAAAGAAGAGCAGCAUCUGGGUGGAGAAGUUCAAUGUGCAAUUCCUGGGAUCUGUGGAAGUGCCCUAUCACCAGGGUAAUGAUAUCCUGUGUGCUGCAAUGCAGAAGAUUGCUACCACUAGAAAGUUGACAGUUCACUUGCGCCCUCCUGCAAGUUGUGAUUUAGAGGUCAGCAUUCAAGGAGUUAAGUUAGCUAUGAGUUUGAACGAGUAUGGAUUGGAGGACAAGAGUGAAAGAUGCAGCCAUUUUUUCCAAAUGAAGAACAUUUCAUUCUGUGGAUGCCAUCCUAAAAACAGCUGCUACUUUGGAUUCAUCACCAAGCACCCAGUAGUCAAUCGCUUUGCUUGCCAUGUGUUUGUAUCGGAGGAGAGCAUGCGUCGUGUUGCUGAGUGCACUGGCCAAGCUUUUCAGGAAUACUAUCAGGAACACCUGGAGUAUGCUUGUCCAACGGAAGACAUUUACCUGGAGUAAGAGUUUGAUAGCUCUUGCACUGAGAUACUUGACAUUUUCUUAGGACCUGAGCUCGGCUGUGAGCUGUAUCUCUGUUCCCUGUAUAUAAAGAAAAUUAAACUCCAAUCGAACCAAGAGAAUCCCAGUAAAAGUACAGGGUACUUGGGGACCCCCUGUGAGUUUUUGCAUUAGCCCUGGAAGCGCGCCAUAUCCAACCUGUGUUUGCUGCACAUAUCCAUUACAUAUCCAACUCUAGCCUUCACGUCCUUCCUGUGCUGUUGUUCUAGAUAGCUUCAGAAUCAUCUUAACACCAGAAUAGUGUUCAGACAGACAGAAAGCAAAGUAGCCAGUGGGCGCAGCAUAGACCGGAGAAUGCCAUAUGUGCUUGGAAUUUAGAUGGCCAUUAUCGGUUUAUUUUUGGUUUAUUUUAGCUUGACGACUAUUUUCCUUGAAUCUGAUCCAUGAGCAAAUCCCCCAAAUUGCAACUGCCUCAUUGUAGAUCGGGCAAACAGCGGGGGGGGGGGGGGGGAUGAUGAUAUCAGCAUGAUUUAAUUGUGCUACACUAUGUGUCUCUUUUUAAUAUUAGUCGGUGCUACUCAGAAGCUUGCAGCUGAUGAAGUCUGGCAGGACGCAGAACUUGUCCGUAUGAUCAGGUGGACAAUGCCUUAGACCAGGAAAAGAUUUCUUGUUGCAGAGUGAACUUGACUUUGCUACCAUCAUGUUUACUUCUGGGGCAGUUGACUUUGCUUCACUCAAGCCAUUAACACCCCUGUCCCCACCAAUCACACCAACUUUCUUCUUUCUUGCCUUAGUUAAAAAGAACAGAUUUGGUCCAGAACACAGGCAAGCUGGGCAAUGGCAUAAGUUUAACCAACUGUCAAGAGGAAAGUAAUGGCUCCCUGUAUAAAAGUUUAUACAGCUUUAGAGAUGAUUUCUGAAGGACUGUUCCGUCCUUGAUUGCAAUAGUCCCACUAUGAAAACACAUUUUCCUGGGUCACUCUCCUACCCAGAAAAGACCCCAGUGUUCUGGAUCAUUGAGUCCAAUUACUCCAAUUCACAUCCCUGCCCUCUCUUCUGCCUUAUGUGAAAUGGGAUCUGUUCAUUGCUGAGGGAAAUCUGUGUGAUGUGCAUGGUUUUUAAAAGCUGCAUGAAAUCUCUAAAGCUCACUUCUUGUCCACUGCCAAGGAGAAACUAGGAGUUCAAAAUGUUCGUGCCACAGUGACUGACUCAGUCUAGCAGGUUCACGUUCACGGUGUAGCCAGAGAGAGAGAGAGAGAAAGAGAGACCAUGAAGUACCUUAAACCAAUUUGUUGCCCUCACUUUAUCAAUCUUUAGCCAAGUUAUUGCACUUCCUCAUCACUCAUUUACAUCAACUGUGUGAUAAAUACUGGCAGGAACAGUGCCUUCUACAAGCUGUCAUUUAAGGGAUGUUUUCUACCUGGAGCUGACAGUAAUCCGUACUGUGCCAGCAUUCAGUGAAGGGGCAAAUCACAGAUGUGGCAGUGAAGAGUAACCUCAGUUGUACUCAGAGACAUUUUGUUUGUUAUCCCAGGCUUUCCUUGGGAACCUCCAAUUACAUCGUGUAUUAAUUGAUAUAAUUAUAGAGUGGUGUGGAGGGGUAAUAUGUGAACAGACAGGAAAAGAAAUUCUAAAAUUCUAUGAUCUUCUCAGCACUUACCUCACGAGCUUCUUAUGGCGUGGCAUCAGGUGCCAGAGGUAAGGCCUAAAGGGAAUUGGGAAAAGCUGAUUUAGAGCGCCCAUCAGCUGCUGCCUGCUAAGUAACCAGCCUUUCAGAAGCAGGGAUGAUGCUAUGGGUGGUUCGGUGUUUGGGUCAAGUUAAGGGUAGAAGAGGAGGGAAGUGAACAGAGGACGAAUUGGCUGAGAAUGAGAGGAACAAACCAGCCAGAUGAAGUCAGAGGAAGAAACUUCAGGGCUGCUCUCCUAUAGAUGUGUGAAUCAGUCAGUAUAAUUUGCAGUGCAAUAGUAAUUAACCAGCAUGCAAGCAGAUCAGAUUUUAUGAAUGCAAUAUCGGCUCCUCUCAUUCAGUGGGAAUUCAUACAGUAUGGUUCCUGUUCGGCUAAAAUUGAAGACGAAUCUGUGUUUUCUCCUGCUGGAUAGGUAAAGGUGUGAAUCUUGGAGCAGUUUAAGAUGCAAGAUCCCUAUUGGACUGAAACCAGACUGAGAGUUCUCAAUAACUUCCCCAAGUCUGAAAUAAGUGUUACUGCCCCAACCAUCUUGGGUACUGCAAAUAUGGUUACAGAAUAACAGUAUUUUGGAAGCGGGUAUGGGGUGCAAAUGGGACAUAGCUAUCUGAAAUGAGAGGGGUCUCAAAAUAAAACAAACCUCUGCUUUGGUAUUGAUAAAUAUCACUUCAUCAUCGUGUGCUGCUCCGUAAUAUGAGCUGGGAGCACAGGAGCCUCUUGAGUGCAAAGAGAACCAUUCACGCUACAGAGGGGGUAAAGGAGGAUGUCAGGACCACUAAAUUAUAGCUCUAAUUUAUAGAUAGUCAGGUAGGUAUGUUUGUUUCUUGUUUGUUGUUUUCUAGAAUUGCUAAUGUAUUUGGUAAGUAGAGUGUAACUGGCAUGGAUCCAGGUUGUGGAUGGUAUUAUGGUGUGUGAUAGAUUUCCACAGUAGGUAAUUAGCAAUUACUUAACUGAAAUGUUCCAGUAUAUUGAACAAAAGUGUUUAAACUAAAGAGACAGCCGAAACAAAUGCUAUUCAAAUAAUAAUUGCUAUCUAUUAUGUGACAGUUAAUUUCACAAAAGUGAAAGAGGGGAAUUAUCUUUAAUAAGAUUGGAUCACAGGAGCACCUUAAUGGAAACAUAGUGGGACAGAUUACAGUGCAUAGCUAGAACAAUGUGUAGCAUUGUAAGGCUUUAGUACACGGUACUAGUUUGGAUUCAGUAGCAGAUUUAAUCUGGCUGUGUUGAGGUUUGUUUACUCAUUUAGAGAGUAAAUGUUUCAGAGAGACUGAUCACAAAUGGAGAGUUUGGGUAACAUCAGGAUAUGAUUUGAUGAGAGGAAAUAGAGGAGACGGCUAUGAUCAGAGUCAGUAGAGAGAUGAGCUUUGAUGGAAACAUUAGAAUGGCAGCAACAUUGGUUUUGAAGGGACAGCAAGGUAACCAGAGGAAUUGACUAAAUAGAGUAGAUUUUGAUUGUGUUGGGCACGUGGCCAAGUGGUUAAGGUGUUCGUCUAGUGAUCUGAAGGUCGCUAGUUCAAGCCUCAGCUGUGGUAGCGUGUUUGUGUCCUUGAGCAAGGCACUUAACCACACAUUGCUCUAGUGUCCAUGCAAGGAGUGGCACCCCACACAGACUUCCAACCUGUGCCUUGUAAGGCAUGAAAAUGCCCGAUGCAGGCCUCUUCAUGGUCUGAGUCGACGUUCUCUCCCUCCCCCCUUGAUCGUAGAGUCAAAGUUCUGGAGCAUUGGUCUUGAUCGCGGGAUAUUUAGGGAACUUAAAGGAAGGCAUCCAACAGGUAAGUUGAGGUGCAGCAGGGAUGGGUUUUGAUAAGUUAUUGUAAUAGAAAAACAGACUUCCAUGGGAGUGCAUUGGGUGCUGUGGGUUCAACUUCGGGAAUAUGAUUCUGGAAGGAAUGAGCUUCAGUGGGAUACUAGUUGAUGGUUUUCAAUGAAAGAAUUAGUGUACCAGAGGCUUGAUCUGAGAGGGUACUAAAGAGAAGGGUUUCAUACGGUUGAGUAUUAUUGGUAAAAUAGGAGUAUUAGACAGAUGGGAUGAAAUGUGGAGAGAACACAAAAGCAAAGCUUGACAUAAUUCAUUUGGAUCUGCCUUUCGACCAGACUGAGUGAAUUACUCUUACUGCAAACCUUUCCUGUGCCUAAGAGAGAGUCAAAUUUUGACCAGCACCUGAUGAUCUUAGCAGUGACUAAUCGUGAUCUCAGUGACCCUGGAUCAGGGAGAAGAACAUCCUGCUUUUGUUCAGUGCUCUGUAGUCCCUCCUGAAUCAUGGAGAUAUGGUGACAACAAUAUUCUAAUCAGCUCUCAACUUCACCUGACUAUUGUCACUAUCUAUCGAAGUUCAUAUGUUUUUGAGUCUGAUUUGAAAGGGCCUUAAAUUGUACAUCCCCAAGAAGAGUGAGUGCUUUUGUAAGAGAAGGAAACUGAUGAGAUUUAGGCCAAGUGCUGAUUACAAUAAUAGGUCAUCCUUUCAGGAAACUAGUGCAAACAAUUCACCAACCUGUCUCACGCACUGGUUAAAAUAACCCUAAUGCAUUAUUCAAAACAGGGACUUCAAACUGUACUAAUCCAGUUGUAGGUAGAGUUUAAAUACAGUUUUGGGUGUGUGUGUGUGUGUGUGUUUUAAAAAAAAAAGUAAAGGUUUUAAGAUUUCCCUUGUCCCUACUUCCAGCAAAGCCAAAUUUGCAUCUAAGAUGAGGAUUGUCCAGAACUACAAAACCAUUUACAUUGCACAGAGUAUAAAAUAAGGAGAGGUUUAGGUAGAGCAGAUAGUGAAACCUUUGUCCCAGGGUGCCAAUGACAAAUAUUAGAGGGAUUAAUUUUAAGGGAAGAAGGGGAAAGUUUAAAGGAAAUUCUUAAGGCAAGUUUUUAUUUUUACACAAAGUAGUAGAUGCCUUGGGAGAUGGUGGAAGCAGAUACCACAGCAAGAGAUAUUUAAACAGGCAGGGAUGGAGGCUACAGACCAUGUGUAGGCAGAUUAAAUUGGCAUUGUAGGGCAAAGAGUCUGUUCUUGCGCUGUAUGGAAAUGCUUCCCAGUAUACCUGUGCCAAUCUGUUAACAAGUGAUAGGUUUCUGACUUCCAGCUAGGUAAAUUACCAAUUUACAAUUAACAAUUGAGUAUCAUAAUUCUUGUCCCUUUUAAAUUAAAGGACGGAGUGUGGGAUAUAAUCUCAGGAUCAAUCAUUACUCUAGUUUCUAGGUCUCAGUUUGUGUUUAAUCUUGUGGUUCAUAAAAUAGAUGGAAAGACCAACCUGUGACUUGCAGCCUACUCUAGCCUCUAUUGGUUGUCAGUCAUCCUCACUUAGUUGCAUUCUCUAUAGUGGUUUCAGAUCCACGGGUUUGAGAGUUGAGAGGGAACCCAUUUAAUCUGUAGAUAAUAUUGUGGCCAUGGCUUUGGCCAUGAGGUCAGUAAAGUGAUUAGAAAUGCCAACACAGCUUCUAGUGAACAACACACCACAAUUAACAUCUCUUCCACCUGUCCGGUGACCAUUAGAUUGAUAUUCCCUGGAAAAGCAUGUCCUCAGACAGGUACAGGCAUCGAGCCCUGGAUUAUGCUUGUUACUAAACUGGUUGCCUGUAUGUUAGCUGCAUUUACCUGUAUGUAAUGUUGGAUUAUGCUAACCAUUCAUUCUAUACUAAACACAUCAAUAUGUAACAAAUUCAAGUAAUUUAUCAUCUAAUUGUAUCAAUGAAAAACUGAUCACAAAGCCUUGUCAUGUUUUUGAUCGUAUGAUUAAAAAUAUGGUUAUUGAACUUCCAGGCAUCCAUUUACUUUCUCUCAUUUAAUACAUAGGAAAGCUGAAUAGUGGCUGUACAAACAGAGAAGCAGCCCAUCACAGUGCAAGAAAUUUAGCUAAAUACGAAGGUAAGACUAACAGGAAACAAGGUGGCUCCUUCACAACUGUAUUAGUCAAAUACCAUAGUCAUAGCUCAAUAUAGAUUUUGUGGAGGAUCAGCAGUCAAAACUGGGAGAAUCUUUAUUCAUCCCCAUAUUUUGCUAAACGUAUUUACCCUAUUACAUGCCUAGAUUGACCAGUACAUUUAAAAACCAGAACGAUCCUGUUUUCCCCCAAACCAUGCAGAAAUGGGGGUUCACCCGGGAUUCUACUUCUCAGCAAUAUCCUAUCACCUGUCAUUCCCCAAAUUCUGACUGGGUUACACCACAAAAAAAAGCUUAUGUGAACAUGACAUUCAGCAUCAUUACAUCCCAAGCCACAUAAGCCACACUAACUUGGUGCCAGAAGUGCAGUUGUCAUCUGUUAUUUAUUACAGUAUGUUGUGCCUCAUGGUAGAUUCUAUCAGAAGUUCCAUAAUUAUCUUACUGGGGGAAGAUGCUAAAGUGGUUUUCUGUUGCCUUUUUUUUUGUGGAGUUUAUCUGUGUGCUCCAACCAAAGUCAAGAAACAGCCACUCCUUUCCCCUCCCACCAUCACUUCCCUUUACAUUAGUAAGGAGAAUAUUGGCAUCGAUCUGAUAUACUGUAUGUACCAUUACUAUGUUUGUAGAUGAAGAACUGAAUUUCAGAGUCAAUGCUCUAGUCACUGCUCCCUUGCUUGGAAUAGGGCUUAAUGUUUUCAACUACUGCCAAGUGUUGGAGACAUGACCAA